AUGUCGGAUUUUCCGACAAAAGCUCAUGGAAAGCGGAAGGCUGGCGGGGAAAACUCUGCUACGCAUUUGAAGCCAUCUAACAUAUCCAAGAGAACAAAGAUUGAUAGUUCAGAGAACACAUUUUCCACAGAAGAAGAUGUAUCGCCUGUGAACAGCGAGAAAACAAUUAUAGACCUGACAGCCGAGCACUCUGCUUCACCAUUUACUUCCUCGCUGGUGUUAGAGUUGGUCUUUGAAGAGUUUGAUGAAGAAACCCACGACGACUUCGAUGAAUAUCGUGAAUAUGACUACGACUUGGAUGACAAAUUCAAAUACGGGUCUGGUGAUGACGAUGACGAUGACGACUAUUCAUCCAAAAAGAUCGAAACGAAAGUAUGCAUUUUGAAAGGCAUGACAGCGCAAUGCAUGCUUUCGAUCUACGUCACCAAAGAUGAACAAGACAAUAAAUGGCUGGAUAACAUUCGUGUUGAGUGUCUCUACAAAGGUAAUUGGGUUGGCCGUGCUGUUGGUAGUUAUAUUCAUCGGCAAGGAAUCAAAUCCAAUUUCUUGAGCAUGAUGGAAUUACCAAAUUAUAAGAUGGAUGAGAUAGCCGGCGAACUUUUCGAAAAAUUCGGCUGUCUCCAUCUUAAGUUCAAGGAGCACGUUAUAAAACGAGGUACUGGUGCAUGGGGAGCUGAGAUGGACGUUGGCCCGUUGUUUCGUCGCAAGGGGCUGGGUCGAGCUAUGGUCAAGGCACUGAUUCAAAAAUCACAGGCGCAGGCACAUCCUUUUCGGAGACUCCAUGCAAUCACGAAACCUGAUUGGACUCUUGAUCAUCUUCAUAAGGAAGCCUUUGGCAAGUCUAGCCGCCAGCAGCGCGCUAUAAAACGUCAACCUCUCGACUCCGCUAUCGCAUUUUAUCGCUCUCUUGGUUUCCGCUGCAUUGGCUCUUCAGAUUGUUUUGGCUUCUCAGUAGAUCCAAAGCACAAGGCCCAUUCUAUCAAUGUCGACGCUGAUUAUGAUCCACCGAGAGUUGACGAGGAACUGGAGAUAUCUGACGACGAGGAUAUCGUUGACACUUCAUCAUUGGACUCUCUCGAUAAGGCCGCACAGAAGAGGUCGGCAAAAUUGAAGCAAAGAUUCCCACUACGGCACGCCAUCAGAACGCUGCCUGAUGCUGAGCUAGUAGCCUUUUUCAAGAGCUUUGACAACAAGAAUGGUAGUGGAUGGAAGGAGAUUAACUGUCACCACAACAAUGCGCUACACCAAGCAGGAUGUGCAUAUAAAGUCUACGCUACAAAAUGGUUGAUAAAGAAUAUUGAUCCGAAGCAAGAAUUGGCACAGGCUCGAAACAUCGAGGGGCUGACUCCGCUAGAGGCCUUGCAGGACGAAUUCGAUAUCUUUGACAAGCGCGUCGGUAUUCCAUUCGGAGCUGUCGCUUGUAUGUCUUUGUUGAAAUACAGAUAUCUGCCCAGCUCUCCUCUAAACACCCAAGCUCUCAGACUAAAGUAUGGGUGUACUUGUGAGGAAUGCAUUGAAGGUUUCGUGUCACCCCGCAUGAAGCUAAAACUUCUUCAUUGCGCUGUGACAAUUACACAGAGCAUCAGUUAUGAUCCGUCUUUUUUCGGUAGAUAUUUGUGCAACCCUAGUUUCUCAAUCAGCGUUCCCAAGGAUCUAAUGAAAACCUUUCGGCAAAAAAACCACCAGCCAAGGAUCAUUAAGUUGUUCGGCCCCAUCAUUAAGGUGCUAGACUCCAAUUGCGUGCCUAGGGUACACAACCUGAAGACUCUUUCUGCAACGUAUAAGGAUGUCGAUGACGAUGAUCUUAAAGCUGCAUUGGCAAUGUCAAUUGCAUAUGCUAAAGAGAACUUUUUAGAAAAUUGUGAUCUCUCAUUCUUACACGAUCUCGUUGACGAAAUAGGGGAAGCGAAGGAAUGCACAAAUGAUUACGAGUUCGAGUUUGUCCAUCGGCAGUGCUGUUGGAACCUGUCCAAGAAAGGCUAG